UCUUUAUCCGUGUGCAGAGUGCCCUCCUCCUCUUCCUCCUCCUCCUCCCCCUCCCUGAAGAUGUAGACGUGUUUGCAUGCUGGAAACUGUCGGCAGGAACGCUUGGAGGAAGGGAGCGUCAUGCGGGAGCAGCGACAGGGGUAUUUUUUCUUUUUUUUUGACAUUGUGAAACAUAAUCCAUCGCAGCAGCAGAGCAUUUGAUAGAAGCUCAGAGACAAAGGAACGUCAGAGUGACUUGGUGUAGAGCUCAAAGCUGAAUAAGAGGCUUUAGGAGACUCGUGCUCGGCUCAGAGCCACCGCGGUUUUUUUUUUGUUUUCUGUUUUUUUUUACGCGCAGAGAAAGAACUUUUUUUGCAACCAUCCUGCGCCAUAUUUUUGUAGUACUUAUUUUUGCUGCGUCUCUACUCCACAAAGAUCUCUACCGAGUGUGGAUCCAAAACAGUUUCUUACCAAAUAUAGACACCGUUAAUGCUGGGGUGUCCUUGACGGAGCUGAGCGGUCCUAGCUGCCAAAGUUUCUAAUUCAAUUCUCUGACCAUUUGGAGUCAUUGGGUUUUUGUUUUGUCUGGUUAAACUCUCCACUUAGUUGAUAAAGAAGCUUGAGUUGGUCUUUUAUUUUCGACUUUUUGUGGAAAGCAGCAUGCUGAUUUGAAACCUCUCUCAACAGAAGCCAUUUUAAGUCUUUAAUUUCCUCUUUAGUCAUCGAAGCAGCAGUCCGGACAGCAGAGUUAAGCUUAAGCACAUUUUUCCAUUAUUUUUGUCUUAAUAUACCUAAAACCUGCAACAAUGACUCUCCGUGGAUAUGUCAUUACUCGGUUCCUGCUGGUACUGGGGUUGGUCAUUGGUUUGGCUGGAGCUGAAGUCGAGGUGACCAAGCCGACCGAAGGGAGCCCGCCGCCGGUCACCCUCCGGACUCUGGCCGCCGGGACCUGGCAGGAGCUGCAGGGACACGCAGAGUCGGUGCUGGGAAGCGGGGUGAUCCGAUCAGUCGUUGAGGUACAGAAAGGAGGAGGUUGUUCUCUCCCUGCAUUAGGAAGUGGCUUUCUCUCCCAUUAUCCUGUUGUACUGGCUGUUUGGUCUAACUUCACUGUUCUCUCUCUAUAAUAAUAACUGAACCUAUUAACUAAUGUUGAACUCCCUACCCUUCCAUCUCUCUCCAAUAUUUCCUCACCCUUCACACACAUUCCUCUGCCCAUGCCUCUCAACUUGUUAAUCUGUCGCUUGAUCCUCUCAUUUUCUCUGCCCUCAUUUCACGUCUUCAUAUAUCCAUGCAUCACCCACAAACACACUCCUCUGUCUCCCUGCAUCCACCCCUGCUGUGGCUCCCUUUCCUCAGAGUGCAGUGUUGUUUCUUGAGUCAUUUCUGGGUCAGGAGAACGUCUAUAUGGUGGCCAUGGUAAGGAAAACCUCCUGGAAGUCUCCAUCUAGUCUGCACUGAGUCAGCUCAUGUGGUUUAGUUUUAUCUCCUGUCAGCCCCAUAGUUAGAGCUGGGAGUAGCAGCAUGUCUGUGGUGCAGCUGUUACCAUAUGUGUGUUUGUUUUAUACUGUAGUGGUUGCAUGUGAAGCCCCAGUAUUAUGCAGCUUGUAAGCUUGAAGUGAUGAGAGUCUUUCUAGUGAUGACAAGUUGACCGAAGUUGUUGAGCUUGAAUUAGUUGGUAGCUGUGACUGCAAAGUAUAGGGUGUGUGCAUGAUCUAUGAAAGUAGAAAACAUUUUUUAAUGACAGUGGAAAUCAGUCUCCCCCCAGCUUUGACUGGUAUCUAUAGAGAUUUUUAAAGUAUCUAUUAGUGACUUUAAUUCCUUUCCAACAUCAAAACUGUACACAAAAGUUUAGCACUGCUACUGAAACGUCAUCUAAUCCGAGAGUGAAAAAUUUUCACCCACCAGUCAGCUUUUUGUCGCUCUGUUAAAUUCCUCAGAGCUGUCGGUGCAGUUUUUACAUGUUAAACUUACAUUUUGCCUUGAGCUGCUUUUUUUUAUCCAGCACCUGUGAAGGUUUUUGCCUUUUUUUUCCCCUUCUGCACCAUUUGUUAUAAAAAUGUAGAGCCUAGUCUGUCAGUUUUAGUUGGAAUGAAACUGCACUAUAGUUUAAGUCAUUCAAAUCUGUUAAGAGGGGCUCACAGAAACACAAAGAAAUUAACAUCUUCACUUUCUUAAUUCAAAUGUAAAAUGCUGAAAUGUAUCUUUCAGUUGCUGUUUUUCCCUCUAAAAACUUCGUCUUUGAGUGUAAAAGUAAUCCAUGCAGACAAAAACAUUAAAGUAUUACAUCAGUCGGUAAAUUAAUUCUAAUAAUACUAAAAUGAUUUAGACUGUCAUCACUGUUACAGAGUGACAGAUGCUUGACUUUUGCUCGGACAUGCUGCUCAGCCCUCGUGUAUGCGCCAGUGUGUAGUGCAACAGGUGCAGAUAAGAAACUUGUCCAACUUACUGGGCUAUCCUUGACCUUGCUUGACAAGGCUACACUGUGUAUGUGUGUGUGUUUUCCUUUGUGGUAUUUGGGAAGGGGUUAAACAGGAAUAGAGAGGGGCACCGUCCAGCCGUCACUCACACGCACAGCUGUUUGUCCAAGUCAACAAUACAACACUUCUUCUGUCUCGAGGAAAGGUUGUGUGUAAAGGGAUGGUACAGUUUGUUCAAAAUAUCAGUGUGCCGGUGAAAAGAAUCAGGAGUCCCAGUUUCAUUUGCUGUCUCUGAAUGUGCAUUAGCGCCACAAGCAUAUUUCUUUGAGCUCAAACUGCAUGACUGUUGGUGUGAUGAGAAUGCUGCCUUUCUUCAUUGUCACUCUCUUAAAUAACAUGCCUGUCAACCUUCAACACAGUUUUUCGAGAUGGUGAUCCGAUUCCUGGCUGAAGGAGCUGCCAGUGGCCUGAAUGUCAUCGCUGUGUACGUCACAGAAAUCCUCAGGGUCACAGGAUUCGAUGGUGGGUACCAGGAUAAACAGUGUCGCUGCGGCUCUGCUUUUAUACCUCCUACAUGUGCAGGGCUUCAAAAGUUAGAGAGGAUCUGUUCCACUGAAAGUGUUCAGGGCCAGUGAAAAUAUGCAGUCUUGCCUCUCCCUCAGGGAAUUUGUCUGCCACUCCUUUUUUCUGUGACACUGUUUACUUCUUAAGCUCUCUGUUAACAAAAACGCAUUGUCAAGCAUCAGUUCUCAUAAAAUCAAGCUAAGCUGGAUUUCCUCUUUUCUCCACAGCUGCCUUGCCGCGCGUCACUCCAGAGGGUGUGGCAGCCAUCGCCCAGUGGGGUCUUCUGGCCCUCAUUGGCUACUGGGUCCUCACCAUCAUCCUGCGUAUGUUCCUUUGUGUGGCCAAGCGAGUGUUUUGGGUGGUGAGAACCGUUUUGGCACUCUGGCUUUUCGGACUGAUUGUGAUGGACCAGACCGCCACAGCAGAGACCACAGCGGUGCGGGUGGGCGGCCUGGUGCUGGUGUGCGUGGUGUUGUCUCUGCUCACUUCAGGCUCUGAUAAGACUCCUUCAGUUGAGGACCGACUGAAACUCCUGGAGGGUCGAGUGAAAGCAGUGGAGAAGAGGAAAGAGGAGUAAUGACCAGAGCGGGUGGAGGGGAAAGGCUUUAAAAUGGACAGAGGUGAUGGUACUGAUGGAUAAGAGAAUAGAUACUCUCAUGGUUUCUGAAUAUGUGUCAAACUAUUUUGGGAAAUAAAGAAAUCUGAGGAAUUUUUAAACAGAAAUUCUCCUUUUUGUUGCCUUUAAAAAAUGUCAAAUGAUCACAAAAUAUACCAAAUAAUAGCAAAUGUAAAAUUUUACUGGUAAGUAAUAAAUUACAGAGAUAAUAAAUGGCCUCAACAGGAAGACUAGUGUUCAGAGGAUAGAUCAUAACAGGGUUUCUGCAGGUUUCAACAAGUCAAAUUUAAUACUUUUUAAAACUUUAAUGAAAACAAUUUAAGAUCAAUUUUACAUCCAUACUGGCAAAAAAGGACAAAAGACAAGAAACGGGAA